AUGCGCCAAGGAUUUCAGCCAAUGUCAGCCUCCUCGACCCAUCGAGCUCCUCGCGCAACCUCCUCCCCGAGACGAUCUCCCAGUCAUGCUCCCUCCCACGUCAUGGCGCAUCCUUCUUCUACUCCAAGAACCCUCACUGUCGGUGAAGCCGAGAGCGAGCUCGAGGGUAACGCGGUGAGCUUGGAGGAACGGGAAGGCCUCCUGGUGUUUGCAGGAGGGAGGCUGGUGAGCCGUAGGAGCUCUCAGGAUGUGCUGCUCUGUGCACAAGCAUCGAAGCCAUUGGGGUCGCUCAAGGGCUCAGUGAAGUACUUCGAAGUCUCCAUCCUCCUUAUGGCUCAGUCCGAGUUCGGGAUCACCAUCGGCCUGGCGCUGAAGGGGAUGGACGGGAAGCAGCCGGGGAGCGAAGCCAAGACAGUCGGGUACUCGUCCAACGGACUUGUCUUCGUCGGGACUCCCAACAGCGGUCAGCGCUUCGGCUAUCACUUUGGCGUUGGAGACACCAUAGGGUGCGGCUUCGACUGCAACAGUCGGGACCUCUUCUUCACCAGGAACGGAGUGAGGAUGUCCUCCAACUCAGACCUGCGGAACUUCAAAGAGGAUGUGAUCCACAGGCUGCAUCCCACCGUUUCCUUGUCCUCGCAGUACGAUACUGUUGUCCUCAACUUCGACUACGACUUCAAGUACAACAACCCGCUUCUCACCAAGCUCCCCGUAUCUCUCUCGCCGGCGAAGCAGAGCCUGGGAUCAGAGGACGUGGAGUACGAGGAGGGAGUGAAGCCGCUGCGAUCAGAUCGGCUGACGUUGAGGGUGAUCAAGGAGAGCCUCUCAGAGGACGGGCUUCCUCCUUCCCAUCGAGUCAUCCGCAUCAGCAUGCACUUGCAGAUGCCCCACGUGCCACCAGGCAUGGUCUACUACGAGAUGUCGCUCCUCUCCUGCUCCUCCUGCGCACUCGAUGGCUCGCGCAAGCCUCCUGACCUCCGCAUCGGCAUGCAGGCCAACGACUCAGCCUUGCGGACGGGCUUCGUGCCCUUCGCUCCCAAGUCGGUGACGUACAAGAGUGACGACGGGUUGACUUACUGCGGGUACAAACCUCGGCGGCUGACGUGCGGAGAACUCAACAUCAACUCAUACGGGGAGGGGGACGUGAUCGGAUGCGGCGCCAUCCCGCACCUCAACCUCGUCUUCUUCUGCCUCAACGGCAACUUCCUCGGGUUCCUUCACGUGGGCUGGCUCAUGGACUCUCCGUUUCAAGGAUUCGCGCUGCUGCAGCAUGCCGGGGACAUGGCGCGAUUCAACCCGGGGGUGAACAAGUUCGCGGUCUCGUACAACAACCUCAAGUGGGUCAUGGCGAUCGCCGAGGCUGCGCGAGUGGACGCGGCCAUGCUGGACGACUAUCACGUGCUAGAGAUGCGAGAUGAGCAGCCGGCGAAACAAGACGCGGUCCGAGCAUCCAUGGAGAAGCUGGUGGCAGGGAGGUUCGAGGGGCUAACGCAGAUCCCUCUUGAGGAGGUAAAGUCGACCAUGCAGACCAUGGUCGAUCGAUACUCCAACGAACUUGCGCGGAUCAAAGUGAAGCACGAGUCGGAGAAGGGAAGGAUGAAGGCAAAGAUCCGCUACCUCUCCUCCAGAACAUCCUUCCCACCCAGCUCUGCCCAUCAGGACUACACGAAUGCCUGGGAAGCUCAAGUGGAGAUGAAAGAAGAGCAGAAACUGCGACAAUCGUACUCGAGCAACGCGUUGAAAGAGCGCAAUGCUGUCUACCGGAGCAGCAUUUCACUGGGCGAAGCGGAUCAGGCUCAGCAGCCCGACAGUCAUCACAAUGAAAAUCGAACAGACUCAGACAACAACAUCACCAACUCUCGGAGGCCCUCAAAGACAGAUUUGCAGAGUCCGCAAACACCUUCCAAGUUUCGAUCAAGGAAAUUUGGAAGCGUCAUUCAGAACGUGCGGGAGGCCACGAGCAAGAGCACAAGCAACUCCGCCAAAGAGGACAAGUUGUGGAGUAGCACUCCGAGGUUGUCAGGCGUGAAGAAGAAGGUCGACUGUCGCUUGGAAGCAGCUGAAGUUCAGGCCCUCUAUCCCUAUGAUCGCUCCCUCCAUCGCUGGAGCCACAAGAGCGACAGACAGCUCUCCCCAUCCUCUCCCUCGCCUUCUCGAUCAAGUUUGCACCCUCUAGGCUAUACUCCGCUCACCUACACUCCAGCUCAGCGCCCAAGUUCUGCUCCCUCCAAGCCAAGGCCGUCGGUCAGGUCAAAGUCCAAGACGCCUGUCCGCGACUCAGGUCGCUCGCCAUGGCUGCUGGCCGACAUACGAGACGACGAAAGAGGGGCACAAAAGCCGCUGGAGGAUGAGCUCGAGGAGAUUCGAAAAGGUUUCCGCAGGUUCCUGCCGUCCAAUGCCCGCGCGUAG